AAGCCUGGUAAUGGAAACCAUCUGAUAAGGGCAGCCACUUUUGGCUGGUACGGUGAAUGGGACUUCGCUGCUUCCUUAAGCUUUGCCAGUGGUGUAGCAGCUUCUGAUUGCAAAGGAGGUCUCAUGUCCACAACAAUUUGCCAAGUGUUGGGCUUUGUGGUCUCAACCCUGGGCUUCGCUGGCUGUAUUGCGGCCACAGUGAUGGAUGCAUGGAGUACACAGGACUUAUAUGACAACCCGGUGACAGCUGUAUUCCAGUACCAGGGCCUCUGGAGGAGCUGCGUCAGUCAGAGUUCAGGUCUUACAGAGUGCCGGCCUUAUUUCACAAUCCUUGGGCUUCCAGCGAUGUUCCAGGCUGUGAGAUCUCUGAUGAUUGUGGGCAUCGUGCUGGGUGCUUUUGGCCUCCUGGUGGCUAUUUUUUCCCUGAAGUGUUUACGGAUCGGCAAUAUGGAGGACUCUGCCAAGGCAAACAUGACUCUGACUGCUGGAAUCAUGUGCAUUGUAGCUGGUCUCUGUGCUAUCUGUGGGGUAUCUGUUUUUGCCAACAUGCUCGUUACAAACUUUUGGAUGUCAACAGCUAAUAUGUAUCAACCAGGAAUGAUGCAGACACUCCAGACAAGAUACACAUUUGGUGCUGCCCUGUUUGUGGGAUGGGUUGCUGGAGGCUUGGCCUUGGUUGGAGGCAUUAUGAUGUGCAUUGCCUGCAGAGGACUGGUACCCGAAGAGACCCAUUACAAGGCCGUGUCCUACAAGAGUGCUGGAUAUAAGUCUGGAACUGGGUAUGAAGCCAAAAAGGUCCCAGUAGUUGAAACCAAUACUAUCAAAAGUGAUGAAGGGAGGCGUUCCUAUCCUUCAAAAUAUGACUAUGUAUAAUCCCUUCCUAAACCUAUGGUUUUAGACCAAAGCAACAGCAAAGUCCUAACUUGAAGCCUUUCUCAAGUCUAUUUUCUUAUUUUCUUUGGUUUGGCUUGCUGUUUAUAAAUGUUCUUUUAAUAUGACUGUGUAUAUUUCCUGGCAUUAUAAAGACUUCCAUAAGAACUGUUCCCUUCUGCUACAUUUGUUACAAUAGCAGUUAAAGACAGCUGAAGAAUUGGUUUACUAAUGUACUUUUGCUGUUUCUUUUAAUAGAUGUAAGUAGAUGUUUAAGACCAGAAUGUUACUGCAAGGUACAGUGUUGAGUUCAUGUAAAGUUCAUGCAUUGAGACUUCAUUCAGUAUUUGGUUGCCCUUGAAACAAAAUGAAACAUGAGGCUAAAACAACACCAUUACACAGAGGCCAAUCCAAAAUUUAAAAAUGUUAAAAACUUAAUUUCAUACGUAAAACUGAUCUAGUAUAAAUUUCUGAAAUAACCACCACCUACUUACUGAAUUCCAGAGGAAACAAAGUUACAAUUUGCUUUCUUCCCCUUUCAUAAAAUUCACCCUCUCUUGAACAGCCGUAUGAGCUUAUACAGAAAAUCCUCGUGUAUAAUAGAAAUAUGUCAAAUAUUUCUUAGAGCAAACACUUCUUUUAUACAUUUGAAUACACUAUCUGUCAUAAGAAAACCAGUGAUACCCUUCUGACUUUGUGGCAAAGCACAGAAUUUACUGCCACUCUUACAUUUCAUCCCUGAUAAUUUGUGCUGGCAAAACUGCCUUGUCACAAUGGCGCUAUACCAUAUUUUUCAUGAGAUCAUACUGCUACGCAAUGCCUUAAGAUGCCGGUAGUAACCAACAACCAGAGGAAUCUGGGCCACAUGACCUCGAGCAGAAUCAUGUCAUGUCAGGAGGCUCUUCUCACCCAGAGAUGAGGAACCUCUGGCUGCUGUUGGUCUCUCAACUCCCAUCAGCCUUAGCCAGCACGACCAGUGAUCAGGGAUGAUGGCCCACAGCCCAGAGUCUUACUGAAGGGUCACAUUGCACCCUGCUGUCAUUCAUUACUGCCAGGGUUAAAGAAAAGAAAAUUGCCCUAAGAAACUUUUGUUCCUGUAUUCUAAUAAAUACAAUACACUGUUGGCCAACUCUCAUUCUGUCAUUGUUAUUUCUAACAACAUCCAAAGAUGCACUGAGCAAAUGACUUAUUGGGGCAACUUUAUAAGACGGAGACAUUCACAGUGCAGUCAUAUAAAUGAUUGUUCAGAAGGAAGAUCCACAGUGUCCUCAGGUAAUUCUGCAAAGGAUUGCAGCCACACUGAUUUCACGCUUUAGUAUAAAGAAGUAAUUGAAGUUAUUCUGAUAGCUGUUAAGGUUGUUAUUUUGCUUUCCGUUACUUGUAAGAGUCACAGGCAACUUUAUUCACGCCAGCUUUUCA